UAGUACGUAGCAAAUUAAACUCCAAAGUUCGAUUACAAAUUGACUUGAUUAUUCGUAAUUGUUUAACUUUAGCAACUAGAAUUUACAGAACUUUAAAUUGCACAGAACAUUACUCAAGCAAUUUUAUUUCAUAAAGCAAGUAACCAUGGAGUUUGCAGGUAUCUUUUCUCGAGGACAAGAUUUUUUUGACAUCAAUUUAAAAUAUCUUUUUUACGUUGGAUUAUGGCCAAGAGAAGAUUUUACAAGAAAUAAAGCAUUUUUAUACAAGUUGUAUGAAAUUGUUUUGCAUAUUUUGUCCUUGGUAUACGUCGUAACUACCAGCAUUGGGACAUACCAGAAUAAGCACGAUGUAGCAAUAUUUUUGUCUAAUUUGGAUAAAAGUCUUGUGGCUUACAAUUUUGUAUUGAAAGUUAUCAUUUUUGUCAUAAAACGUAAGCAUGUUGAAAAAUUGAUUAAGGAAAUAGCAGCAUCUGGUGAUAGAAUUUCUUACAAUCAAAAACGUUUAAUGGCUCUACAUGUCAUUAUUAUAACUAUUGUAGCCACAGCUAUAAUUGGCGCAUUUAGUUUACUGGCUUUGUUUAAAAUGGAGAUGAUUGUUGAAGCUUGGAUGCCUUUCGAUCCACAUAAGAAUGUAAAGAAUUAUUUCAUGGCGACUCAAAUCCUGGUUAUAACAUUUAUUGUGCCCUGCUCGUACAGAUCAAUUGCUAUGCAAGGUAUAGUUUGUAGUAUCGUUAUGUAUUUGUGUGAGCAGUUUAUAGAUUUGCAAAAUAAAAUAAAGCGCUUAGAAUAUUCAAGAGAGAUAGAAUCCUGCAUGAGAACGGAGUUUAAGGAAAUAGUGAAAAAGCACGUACGUUUGAUGAGGUUUUCUAAGCAAUUAUCAACGACAUUUAAAGAGUUCUUUUUAAUACAAAAUUUAGCUGUUUCGGUUGAAAUGUGUUUGAAUGCUAUGAUGGUGACUAUGGUUGAACGCGAACAGAAGACACUGUUGGCUAGUUUUAUAGCUUUCCUGACAAUAGCGCUGAUUAAUGCUUAUAUUUACUGUUAUUUGGGGAACGAAAUGAUUGUUCAGAGUGAAGGCAUCGCAAUGGCGGCCUAUGAAGCUUCUUGGACAUCUUGGCCUCUUGAUAUGCAAAAAGAUCUCCUCAUCGUUAUCAGGGUAGCACAAAAACCAUUGAGUCUCAGCGCAGGCGGAGUAGUCACCAUGUCCAUGCAAGCAUAUAGUCAGGCGUUAUACAAUGGCUAUUCCAUAUUUGCUGUUCUCAAUGAUGCAGUUGAUUAGUGAAGUGUUUUAGAAAUUCAAAGUAAUGUAAAAUUUGUAAUAGUUUUGCCAAAGAAGACGAAGUAGCGGUCUAUAAUAAAAUAAAGUUUAAACCACAAUCGAUUGUUCUUUCAUUUACUGUUUGUUCAUUUGUCCCAUCACUAA